AUGGGUGUCCGAGUUGCUGCUACCAUUGUUUGUGCAUUUACAGCCUUGCAGUGCGUCGCUGAAGGCUCUUCGUCGACUCCAGUAGCCGAUGGAGGGUUCACAACGGGUGCAUGGAAACCAUUGGAUUCAUCGAGGUACACGAUCAACUCGCCUUGCGAACGCCAGCAAUGGAGCUUCACGCAGGAAUCGGCCAGUGCGAUGUGGCUCCGCUUUUCAUCACUCAACCUCGCUUCAGGUUCUCACUUGAUCGUCUCACCGCUUAACGGGUCUCGAGCGAUAACGGUGUCAUCACCGUCCUCAGAUAUCACCACUACCCCGCUCCCCGGAAGCGGACUCAUCCUGCAGUUCGUGCCUCCUAGCAAAGGAUGUUCACCCGUCAGCAACUCGACCAUGGUCUUGGACUCGGUUGGGUAUUCAUAUUCAGAAUCUGAAGAAUCGACGGUCGAAAACGAGGAGAGAGCGAUAUGCGGCUCUGCUGAUACCAUGAAGAACAUGGUAUGCUAUUCAACGGGCAGUGACGAAGAUAAGACCAUGGUUGCCAAGGCCAAGGCUGUGAUGCGCACGCAGCGUACUCGGGACGACAACGCUAUUGUCACAUGCACAGCCUGGCUCUGGGGUAACCAGGGCCACAUCAUCUCGAACAAUCACUGCUUCUCGAGCCAGCAGAUGGUCGACGCUGCCAAGUUCGAGUUUGACGUUCAGACUACUGGCUGUAGCGACGACUGCGCGUUUGCUACUUGCCCCAUUGGCAAGACAUUGGUCGGCAAAGACAAUAUAAAGUUCAUCAAAUCCAACGCUACGCUCGACUACUCCGUGCUGCAGAUUACCAACGACGCUGCCUCGUACGUUAAAACCUACGGGUAUCUUCAGAUUCGUAACACCGCCCCGACUAAAGGUGAACAAAUCUACAUCCCUCAGCACCCGAAGGGAGGUGCAAAGAAGAUUGCUAAAACCCAAGACGAUGCUGAUUCCCAAGCUGCUCUCGUGCUCAAUCUUGACUACUCAAUCGCAGUGCAAGGAGUCACAUACAACCAUCUUAUCGCUUAUUCUGCUGAUACGGAAGUGGGGAGUUCGGGUGCUCCCGUAAUGUCACGCGGAGACAACUCGGUUGUUGGUCUGCACCGUAUUGGAGACUGUAACAACGCAGCUACUCCAUCGAACCAGCUACUUAGCGCUCUCGAAGCCAUAGUGUCUGGCAACGACGGCAUCAAGACUGCUUGA